AUGAAUAAAUUUCGAGAAAAAGGAAAUGAUGCCUUCAAAAAAAAAAAUUAUUUAUCUGCAUGGGAAAUAUACACUGAAGGUUUGUCGGAAACCCCAACCGACCCGUUUUUAUGGUGUAAUCGUGCUUUUGUAAAUAUUAAAUUAGAAAUUUUUGAACUUGGAUAUAUGGAUGCUUUGAAAGCACAUAAUCUUUUAACUUCAAAUACCCUUCCUUAUUCUGAUUCCCCUUUCUCAGUUCAAUUAUUAAAAGAUAUUAAUUUACAAACUCUUUUUAUAAAAACUUUUAAACGAAUGGCAGAUUCGAUAGCAUUAUUUGGUAUUCCUCAACGUGCAACUACAAUUUUAGAAACUUUAUUAAGCCAUUCAGUGUAUAGCAAAUUUAUCACAAAAAAUAUUGAUAAACAAAAUUUUAUUAAUGAUCUUGAAAAUUAUAAAAGAAAAUCAAUAAAAUCACCUAUUUCAACCAUAAAUAUUACAAGACAAGAACAUCUUGAAAAAAUUUUGGAUAUGGGAUCAAGUAAUUUUGAUUAUCCUUGGGAUAAAAAACGUCAAGAGAAUAGAUGUUCGGAUAAAAAUAUUAAAAUACUUCAAAAAGAAUUAACUCCUUAUCUUCGAUAUAUUCCUGAAGGAACAGCAAUUUGGAAUGAAAAAGUAUUUCUUGUCGUACACCCUUACACUAUUCCAAGAUGUCAUCAUUGUGCUCGUCGUAUUCGAGGCGAAAAUCGUGAACAUCUCAAAGCUCCCCCAAAUUUUAAAUGUGAAAAUACAAAUUGCAAUGAAAUCUUUUGUAGUAGAAAUUGUUACAAGUUAGCCAAUUCACAAUAUCAUGUUCCUCUUUGUGGAAAAAACCUUCAAUCAAUCUUAUCACUUAUUCGUCAAGGUAAAUCUGGAAAUAAUGACAAAAACCCUUUAAUGUUAUUAAAACUUUUUGCCAUGGCCAAAAUUCAAAAUAUUUCUCCUUUAAAUAUUUCAAUUCUCAAAUAUCUUACACAAUUUCAUCCUACAAAAUUUUCUUCUUCAAUAAUUAAUACAUCAACCACAUUUCCUGCAAUAUUUUUUGAUUAUUAUUUAGAAACUCUUAAUUUAUUAGAUAUUUCUCUUUAUGAUAUUAAAUAUGAUUUUUGGAUAUAUGUCACAUUAUUUAAUAUCUUAAGGGUUAAUGUAUUUGGAUCGCCGGGAUAUUUAUGUUUAUAUAGAUUUAUGUCUUUGAUUAAUCAUUCUUGUUUAUUCAACACAAUUCCACAUCACGCAACUUCUAACGAUGAAGAUCGAAUUCUGGACGAUUAUAAUAAUGAUAAUGAAGUUAGUGAAAACAAUAUGGUAAUGAUUACCUCAAGAGAUAUUCAACAAGGAGAACAAAUAUUAUCAACUUAUUGUGAUCCAAAUAUAAAUAAGGUUCAAAGAGGAAUGGUAUUAAUUCCUACUUAUGGAUUUGAAUGUGAUUGUGAGAAAUGUAAGAAUGAAGAUCCUUCUGAUAUGACAUCUUUAUAUUCGAUUCCUUUGUGGCUUAUUAAAACUUCUGAAGAAUAA